AUGAAUUGCUAAGGAUUUUUUGAAUGGGAAAUGGAGAGAAGUGACGAUGAUACUACUCCAGUCCCAACCUCUCUCAGACUAUGUUUCUAACUUUGUCCAGCUGAUAGAUUCGAAAGCGAAAACUUCUAUGAAAUAGAAUAAUGUAUGUAUGGAUGUGCAUUUUAAGAGAUAUAAAGAGGGGAUUUAUGA